AUGAAGAUCCCUGUUAGAAAGCUCUGCUGCUGUCUACUCUCAAUACUAAUUACAUUUGUGCUGCUACUGAAUGCUUUUGUAUUGAACAAACUGUACAAAGAAUCAAGCAGGACUCAUGAAGGAGCACACGUGAACGGAAUUCGAGUUGGAAAGAAUGGUUCAGUAAAGCUACAUUUGGCUGGUUUGCUACUGCCUGCUGAAGGACCCUCGGAUGACUUCUAUAAAUUGCCAGUGAUUAACGAGCAUACGUAUGGUUAUCUCAACAAGCCCAAGGAUGCAUGCACGAACAAGAGGCUUGAUCUACUGGUGGCUGUUGUAUCCUUAACUAUCAACUUUGACAGGCGCAGGUUGGCUAGGCAAGCCCAAGAAACUGUACCCUCAGGGAAGAUUAUAUAUCUCUUUUUCUUGGGGAAAUCACCCUAUAUGAAUGAGCUACAGCACCGUGUAGACGAGGAAGCUAAGAAGUAUGGGGAUAUUGUGCAAGAGGACUUUGUGGAUUCAGAGAGGAACCUCAGUCUGAAAUCAGUCUCCAUUCUGAGAUGGGUUACUGAUUCUUGCUCCGAUGUGAAAUUUGUUAUAAAGAAGGAUGAUGAUAUUCGACUGAAUAUAGACACAGCACUGAAGUCACUGUCUUUUAAAGAAACUGAAUUCAAGCAUUUUGUGAUGGGAAACAGUAAGUACCUCAUAGAAGGUCCGAUCAGAGAUGAAAUAUCCAAGUAUUAUACUUCAUUUUCGGAAUAUGGAGAAGCAUUUUUCCCUCUGUUUGUCCAUGGUCCAGCAUAUGGAUUUCCUGGAAGGACUGCUGUAAUGUUAUAUCAAAUGUCAUUAAGGACCAAACUGUUUUGGUUGGAGGAUGUUUAUAUAACAGGCAUAUGUGCCCACAGAGCAAAGAUUCCUGUAUUCUUUGACAAAGGUUUCAUUUACACACACGACUCUGUUGAUGCAGUCUGA